UCCGAUGGCUUCUGUGAACUCACGGGCUUCGCGAGGGCACAGAUCAUGCAAAAGGGCUGCGCCUGUAGUUUCCUCUUCGGCGUCGAUACUAUACCUGAGCUGAAGAAACAAAUCGAAGACUCGUUGAGCAGUAAAUCUGAACUCAAAAUUGAAGUUAUUUUUUACAAAAAAAAUGGGAGUCCCUUCUGGUGUCUUCUGGAUAUCGUUCCGAUCACGAAUGAGAAGCACGAAGUCGUCCUCUUUCUCGCCUCCCAUAAAGACAUCACACGAACCAAAAUGGCUGAAAUGGAGAAUCAGGUGAAAUACGAUUACGACACCGACGAGCCGAUGGAGCCGACGAGUCCUUCCGAAGAGGACGGAUGCCUUCCGCCCAACAAUUAUCAGCGCCGCCGAAGUCGAGCGGUUCUCUACCAACUGUCCGGACACUACAGACGCAGUGUUACCGUUAAGUCAAAGCUUAAACUCAAUAAUGUAAGUAAUUUAAGCGCCUUAUCGUAUGAUUGUUUGGAUUAG